AGCAUUUAUCUUAAGAGGGAAUAACCCCGCAUCGUAAACUCUUUAUAAAUGAGGUAGUCAUAGCCGACAUGAGAGUUGCAAUCGCCGAUUGGUAAUCAAUAACCGAUUUCUCAAAUAACACAUUAUAUAAUAUGAAGAAAGUAAAAGUCAGUGCUCCAGGAAAGAUUAUUUUGCACGGCGAACAUGCGGUUGUACACGGGAAACGUGCUAUAGCGUGUGCAGUCGACGGUCGUAUUACGGUAGAAACAACAAAAACUGAUGAAACUUCACUCAAGUUCAAGAUGGUGGCUCUUUCAAUGAGAAAUGACAUUCACAUAAAGUUGACAGAUAUUGAAAAUCUGGCAUCUUCUUCUAAGUUCAACAAUGAGGCGAAUUUGGAAACAAACAUUAAAUCAUUUGUUGAAAAAAACUUUGAAAAUGAAAACAAACUGCUUCAGAUUGCUCUAACUAUCUUUCUGUUUGGCUACCUUAAGAUUUUCAGCAAAUCCAAUAACUUCCUUUGCUUAAAUAUCGAGGUGAAAAGUCAAAAUCUUCCAAUUGGAGCCGGUCUUGGGUCUUCUGCAGCGAUAAAUGUUGCUAUGGCAACUGCUUUUCUUGUCAUGGCUGACCAGAUUCAGCCAACGGGAAAUGAUAUGUUAUUGAAUGAAGAAUCACUUACAUUAAUCAACGAACACGCAUAUUUAAUGGAGAAAAUUGUCCAUGGUAACCCUUCUGGUAUCGACAACUCUGUAGCUACUUAUGGAGGAGCUGCGUCCUUUCAAGCUGGAGUAAUAACAAGAUUAAAAAAUUUUCCUGAACUGCGAUUUUUAGUGACGGACACAAAAGUUUCAAGAAAUACCAAAGCUCUUGUUUCUGCUGUGCAGGAAAAGUUGUCUCAGUAUCCAGAGACUACCGGUCACAUAUUGUAUGCCAUUGAUGAAAUAUGUAAAACAGCAGAGAAACUGUUAGCAAAUUGGAAUGAAACAGAAAACUCACAAAACCAGCUAAAGGAUUUACUAAAGAUAAAUCACCACCUCUUAAACAGUAUUGGGGUGGGCCAUGCUAAGCUGGACAAGAUUCAUCAAUUAUCGAAUGACUUUGGGUUUGCAUGUAAACUGACAGGAGCUGGAGGUGGUGGGUGUGCUAUAACCCUUAUAGAUGAAGGUACAGAUGCACAAAGGGUGGAAUCCUUGAAGCAAGAAUUGCAUGACAAUGGUUUUCUAUCAUGGGAAGCAACAUUAGGGUGUGGAGGGGUGAAAAUGUUGGAGGUUGUGAGAUGACAGUAGAAUAAGCUGUCAUGUUAUAAACUGUACACCUCCUAUUAUGCAUCUAGUAUUAGUCCUUAUCUUCAGCAGAUUAGUGAAAGAACAUAUAACUCUUGCGCUUGAAUUACCUCUGCAAUACUGGAAGAACCAAAAAAAGACAUUUAUUGACCACCGAAACAAAAGCCUGUCAACUGAGCGAUCUGCAUAAAAUACUAUCUUGACACGUGUUGUAUUUAAAAUAUAAUUUAACCAUCACUUGGUGAUGAUAA